AUGCGCUGGUUUUCUUGCGGUGCGAUCCUCGCCCUGGCGGCCACGACGUCGGCCAUUGACCCCAUUGAGGUGAAGGGGAACAAGUUCUUCCGCAAGGAUGGCAGUCAAUUCUUUCUAAAAGGCGUCUCGUAUCAGCUCCGCCCAGAAGACCCUCUCAUCGACACCGACCAGUGUCGUCGCGAUGCCGAGUUGAUGCAGAAGCUGGGAACCAAUGCUCUGCGCGUCUACCACGUCGACGACGACGCCGACCAUGACGGCUGCAUGAAGGCGUUUGCGGACGCGGGCAUCUACCUGCUCAUUGGCCUGGACACGUUCGACACGUACAUUACACCUUCCAACCAGUGCUGGAGCACCCGCCAGUACAAGCGGUUCGCCAAGGUGAUGGAUGCGUUCGAGGGCUACGACAACGUGCUCGCCUUCUUCGUCGGGAACGAGAACAUUGCGGCCAAGGAGGACUCGCCUGGCGCACCCUUCCUCAAGGCGGCCGUGCGCGACAUGCGCGCGUACCGCGACGACAAGAAGUACCGCAAGAUCCCCAUCGGCUACACGGCGGCGGACAUUGCGGAGCUGAGGCCGAUGCUGCAGGACUACCUGACCUGCGGCGGCAACUCGUCCGAGACGAUUGAGUUCUUUGGUCUCAACUCGUACUCGUGGUGCGACCCCAGCACGUACGAGGAGUCGUCGUACGCGCAGCUGCAAAAGUACGCCAAGGACUUCCCCGUGCCCAUCUUCUUCUCCGAGACGGGCUGCAACGUGCCCGGGCCCCGGCUCUGGGACGACAUGGACGCCAUCUUUGGCAAGCACAUGGUGGACGACUGGAGCGGCGCCAUCAUCUACGAGUGGAUCCAGGAGCAGAACAACUACGGCAUCAUCUCGUACGGCCCGCCCGUGGGGGACCCCAGCAAGAACGACGAGACUGUCUUUGACAACUGGACGCGCAAGGGCACGCCGACACCCGUGUCGCCCGACUUUGAGAACCUCAAGACCAAGUGGGAGAGCAACAACCCGACGGGCGUCAGCCGCGACGACUAUGACCCGGACCACGUCUCGACCCGUGCCUGUCCGACGUCCACCGAGGGCGGCUGGUGGCAGAUUGACGGCGACGCACGGCUGCCCAGGCUGGACGAGACCGUCACCGCGUACGCCGAGCUCGUAGCCGCCAUGUCUACCGCGACGGACCAGGGAGACUCGACCAAGACGGCUUCCUCGGGCGAGGCAUCCACCACGGGGGAUGCCGACGAGUCUGGCACAGCGACUGGUGAUGCGGGGAGUGAGGAGACUGAGGAUGCGGACUCGAGUGGUGGUCGUGGUCAGACCAUGGCCAUGUGCGCCACUCUGAUCGCGGCCGUACUGGGCGUCACUGUCUGGUUGUAG